GGCAACACUGCUGUUUUCAGUCGGCCACGGCAGGUUAGGGUAAAUAAAUUGUUGAAAUUCAAUGAUUAAAUAAAUAAAGGUGGAUUGAAGCUCGAUAGUGACUUCAUCAUGUUCAAUUCGCUUAAAAAAUCUGUUACUAUCGGUGUGCAGUUGCAACAAAUUCGACUAGCACACAGAAUUAGAGGCAAGGCCCCCAUUUUCUGCAGAACAAUCAAAGAAAGAUUGGAUGAAUUAAACUAUAAAGAUGAAGUUUACACUACUAGGAUAGAUAUAGGUCUGCCUCGUUUAAAGAAAUCUAGUUCUCAAGAACGUAAUGCACGGAUAGAACAUGUAAAAAAAUUAAAAGCUGAUAAAAACCUUGAACAAUUGGCUCGUAAACAAAAGUUGGAUGUUGAUUUAGUUGAAGUACGGAAGGAAUGGCUUAUAAACUCAGGGCCAAACCAAAAGAAAGUUAUUGCAGAUCAUUAUGGAGUAUAUGAACAUUUAUAUGGCGAAGGAUAUUUUAUACCAUAUGUUAAUUUAGAGAUUUUUCACGAAUCAAGAGAAGGUCUUGCAUUACCUGUUUAUACUGGAAAUGUUAUUAAACCCUCUGAAGCUUUAGACCAACCCAGUGUGAGCUAUGAGGCAGAUAAAGGCAGCUUGUGGACCCUGGCACUUACAAGCCUUGAUGGUCAUAUGACAGAGAAUGAGAAAGAAUAUGUUCACUGGUUAGUUGCAAACAUCCCAGAAAACUAUGUGGAGAAAGGAGACACCAUCGUGGAAUAUUUGCAACCUUUUCCACUGAAAGGAACUGGGUUCCACAGAUAUGUGUUUGUAUUGUACAAGCAAGAUGGAAAAGUUGAAUAUGACUUACCAAAAGUGACUUUCUCAUCCCCUCUUGAAGACAGAACAUUUGUAUCCAGGGAUUGGUACAAGAAAUAUCAGGACAACAUCACUCCUGCUGGUCUGGCUUUCUACCAAAGUGACUGGGACAAUUCUGUCAGGGACUUCUUUCACAAUACAUUAAAAUUGAAAGAGCCAAUUUACGAGUAUGACUUCCCUUCACCAUACAUUAGGCCACAGGAAUGGUUUCCUAGGAGAAAGCCCUUUAACAUUUACAUGGACAAGUACCGUGACCCAAAGCAAAUCAACAAGGAGUAUUUGCUGCGAAAGCUGAAGAAUGAAGAUCCUUUCAAGAAACCACCUCCUCUCCUUCAGUUUCCUAAUGCCCACCCAUUGCCAAAAAGCAUGCCAUCAUGGCUGAAACUUCAUGAAAAGAAGAUUAGGUUGGGCUGGGGUAGGAUAAAUGAAAUUUGAAUGUUAACUAUACAAUGUACGAGUACCUACUAGUUGUUUAAAAAUAAAUAGUUAAAUCUCAAAUA